UGCUGUUAAUCCUUUCAACAUCUUUUUUUUUUUCUUUCUUUUCCCUUGGAGAAGAUAUGUAAUAUGUAUGGAUCUGGGCUUUACGUUUUCAACAUGGUUGUAGAUUUGUGAUCAGAAGCGAUCAUCUUCACUGAGGAAUCUUUAGGAUAAUACUGAGAUUUGGGGAUAAGAUGUCGUUCCUCAUUGAUAUUUUGAAACGAAUUUUGGGUAUUAAAGAUGAAGAAAGGGACAUCAAUCAACAACAGAACCUGAACCAGAGACACUAUGAUUUUCAGAGACCUCUAGAUAGUGACUCUUUUUCACGGUCGCGCGCUUCUUUGGCACAAACAACCGCUAACUCUAGAACCAAUGAAGUCUACAAUGCCAACAAAUCAGGGUCAAACUUUAACGAACAUUUGGUUCCAGGCAAGCUAUCUAGAGACGAGGUUGGUAAGUCCAUGACUAGCUCUACAGGUACUGGAAUUGGUGAUAAGAAUCUGAGAGUUGUAUCUCAAUCUGCUUCACCUUCUUUUGUACUCUAUGACAAGCAACCUUCCAUUUCUGCCAAGCCUAGGGAAGUCCUGAAGAAUCCAAAUGAAAUUACUCAGAACCGAAACGGUUUAUUUUCUUCCAAAGGCACCAUUCCUCAAACUUAUGCCAAUAUUACAAGUGGGCAGAAAUCGUCCUUUGGUAUAUCUUCAGCAUCUUAUAAAUCGUUUCAGUCCUCCAAGCUGUCACCUUCUGAAGCUGGCACUGAGAAGCUCCACUCAACCGUCAAAACUGAUUCACCAUCAUCUUAUCCUUCGCUUGCAGACUCAUGCUCUCAAAAACCCCCUCCCUUGUCAACAAAGCCAGUCCUGUCUUUGGCAUCUACAAGCUCUACCAGCCCCCAGACAAAGACUAAAUACAUUUGGGUAGAUAAGGGUGCGCCAUCCACUUAUGUAUUUCCAGAGAACAUUAGUGCUUUGAUUGAGAAAGACAUUGUACCAGGAGUCCUCAAAAUGCCUUUGUCUAUGUCAACAUACAUGGAUUACUUUCAGGCUUUGUUGUAUGCUGAGGACUGUCACCUUGAGAAAUGGGAUGGAUUUGAGAUGAAGAAUGUCAAUCUGGAGUUUCAUGAAGCAUCAAUAUUCACGAGAAAAGGAAAACAUAACACCUUGAAGGAAUCUGACCAGAAAGAUGAAAAGACCUUUGUCGCGUUUGAAUUUGACAAGAUACCUGAAAGGAGGCCAUUUUUGUUAUCAAGAGAUUUUGUUUCCGUACAGCCUUGUGGCAGGAAAAUUGAGCCAUUUCAGGGUGUCAUUUAUCGUGUGGUGAAGAGCAACCUUGUAUUAGCUGAAUUUGGAGAAAGUUUUUACUCUCAGCAUCGCUCGGAGUGCAAAUAUGAUGUGAAAUUUUCAUUUAAUAGAGUUUGUUUAAAAAGGGCUCACCAAGCAAUUGCAGCUGUAUCAUCUGCUUUAUUCAGGAACUUUCUCUUUCCUGAUUUACCACCAGAAAAUGUAGUUCUUUCUACACAGUAUGUGGACAACAGAUAUCAGAAAGCUAACUUUGUUGUUCAUCAAAUAUUGAGGCUUCAGGGUGCGCCUCCCUAUCUUGUGGAGGGACCAAUGUGUAUUGAAAGAGAUCAUUUAUCAAGGACUGGAGUGGUAAUUGUAGAAGCAGCACUUCAGAUUCUUCGCCUUGAUCCAUCAAAAAAGAUUCUCCUGUGUGCACCUAUAAACAAAACAUGCGAUCUGCUCAUGAGAGGCCUCAAGAAAGAGAUCUCGGACUCUGAUAUGUUUAGGGCCAAUGCUGCAUUCAGGGAGCUGGACGGCAUUCCUGUAGAUAUACUACCCUCUUGUCUUUACGAGAGCCAAGCAGAGUGCUUUUCUUGUCCAUCGCUCGAAGAACUAGGAAAAUUUAAGAUAAUUUUAUCCACCUUCAUGAGCAGUUUUAAGCUGCAUAGUGAAGGAGUAAAGGCGGGACACUUCAGUCACAUUUUCCUGGUUGAUGCCUCAUCUGCCACUGAACCUGAGACAAUGGUCCCUCUGGCUAACUUUGCUAAUGAUAAAACCAUUGUUGUAGUGACUGGUGCACCAAGAAACCAUUCUGGUUGGAUUCGCUCUAAAAUCGCAAGGGAGAAUGGACUGCUGACUUCUUACUUUGAGAGGCUCCGCAAGAGUGACCUCUACAAUGAACUUGAUCCAAGGGUCAUAACGCAGCUGGAUAUAGGUCACAACUCAACUGAAAGAUAUAGGUCUCCACUGGCUUUUGGGAUAUAGAGUUACUUUGUUGGUUGCAGACCAUCUGGAGUUGUAUUGUAUAUAUUAUGUUACUAAUGUGUGAACUUGUAUUUUGUCCAAGCCAUUUAUAGGCUAAACUGUUUAUGCUGUAUGGAUUUCGAUAGAAUGUAUUGGUUUUAAUCGGUCUGAUGAACUGCAUUUUCUUUUGGCUAGAUGAUGAGUGAUCAAUCUUUCUUCU